AUGGCGCGCCGCAAGUGGAUUGAUAAGAAGAACGCUUCACACUUCACGCUUGUCCACCGACCUCAGAACGAUCCUCUCAUCCACGAUGAAUCGGCGCCUUCUAUGGUGCUCAACCCCACCCAGCUGGGAAAUGCAUCCAAAGUCAAGAAACUAGGCGACCUAGCCUCGGAGCUCGGCUCUGAGGCGGAAGAGAUCCGCGAGAACGAGGGCGAGGCAGCCAACUAUGGCGUCUACUUUGAUGACACCGAGUAUGACUACAUGCAACAUCUCCGGGAACUUGGUACGGGCUCAGGAGAAGUGGUCUUCGUUGAAUCGACCGCGAACCAAAACAAGGGCAAGGGUAAGGCGAAACAGUCGCUCGAAGACGCCCUCCGCGAGAUGGAGCUGAAGGAUAAAUCCGAGGAUCUGCUCGAUGAGGAUAUACUACCCUCCAAGAACCUGCAAAGAGCGACCUAUCAGGCCCAACAAGAUGUGCCCGAUGCCAUCGCUGGACUCCAGCCGGAUAUGGAUCCGCGGUUACGAGAGGUCCUGGAAGCGUUGGAGGAUGAGGCAUACGUAGACGACGAUGAUGAUGUCUUCCAGGAACUGGCUAAGGAUGGGACCGAGAUCGACGAAUAUGAGUUUGACGCAUCACACCCUGAUUUCGAGGACGAUGGCUGGGAGUCUGACGACACAGCAAAACCGGCGAAGGAGUACAGGGACAGCAACGAGGUGCCAGAUCUCGUUGAUACGAGUGCUACUGCCCAGCCAUCUCAAGGCCCAUCUGAGGACUGGCUGGAAGAUUUCAAAAAAUUCAAGAAAGAUCAAAAGACUGUGAGCAGAGCAGCCGCGCCUUCACAUUCAGAGCUUCAGUCGUCGAUCUGGACCACUACUACCAAUGGCGGGCGGCGCAAGAAGAGGAAGGGUGCGCUCACCAACCAGUCCGGCUACUCGAUGACAUCCUCAUCCCUAGUGCGCACCGAGCAGCUCGGUAUUCUCGAUGCGAGAUUCGACAAGAUCGAAGAGGAGUACAAUGCAGACAUGGACGAUGUUGGAUCUGUAUCGGCCGUUUCCUCGGUGUCUAGCGUUCAAGGCCCGCUGAGGGCGGACUUUGACAACAUCCUAGAUGACUUCUUGGGAAACUACUCGGCUUCGGGUAAGAAGCACAUCAAAAAGGGGAAAUACCAGACCGGCCUGGAGCAGCUGGCAGAAAUCAGGAAGGGGUUAGGCCCGGCUAGGAUACCCAGCCGCUACAAGUCCAUGUUCGCCCUUGGCUGGUCGUGUCAUAGGCAUCGCGCUGCCCAAUGGUCAGCCCCGACAAUAGCCACAAUGGCAUUUUCUGGCGGUAGCAAUGGGGUCACGUCCUCUGUCCGAAGUCAGAGUCCAUUCAGCAAACUGAGCCCUUCUUUAAACCCCAUCCUCCUUCACACUCUCUCUCAAUCUCCUUGCACACUCUCUUUCAAUCUGCUUGACUCUCUCUCUCUCUUCCUCUCAUCCUCUUCCAAACUUGUCUUGUUUCCGCAAACAACAAGUAAGUCUUGCAUCAACCCUCAAGUUGUCAAGUUGAACUUCGAGAUGGCCCCGUUACUUCUGCUCAACGUCGUCACGCGAGAUGGCCAAGUCUUCCAGCCAAUCAAUAAGAGCGCCUUCGCCGACGAUGGCUGGGACAAGCAACCAGACACUCGUGACGAGCAGCAACCGCAAGGUCCCGCACAGAAGAGGAAGCUGACGGGAACGGCCUCGUCAUCCUCCUUGCCCUCCUCUCCCCUGGCUUCCUCUACCUCUUCUUCUUUGGCCGCAUCUACCACUUCGGUUGCCUCGUCGUUCUCUUCGUCCGCAACAUCUACCAGUUCCGGCACCACCUCCUCCUCCUCCUCCUCUUUUUCUUUCUCCUCACCUUCCUCUGCUUCUUCAACCUCCUCACCACCCGCCGCACCUCUGUUCCAUUUCAUACAUUGGCGUGAGCCAGUUGAUCAGACUGGAUGGAGCGGAGCAGAGCUCAACUUUGUGGAUGAGCUACUACUGGCCAACGACCAGGACUGGGAUAUUACCCAGAUCUCGGCUCGGAUGGUGGCUGACGAACCGGAGGUUGAGAGGAUCCAAAUUGCCAUGGAUCAACUAACAAUCCACACCCCAGAUGCCGAGAUGUCAGACAAUCCCGCACCAGCCACGGCUCCGGCCCCGAACCCUUUCGCGUCGGCUGCCCAAUCCGCACCUUCCAACCCGUUCGGCGGCUUCGGCCAGCCCACUGGCGUGGUGCCACAAUCGGCAGCCACGCCGGCAAACCCAUUCGCAGCACUGACACAGAAUCCUGUGAAUCCUUUUGCUGCAUCAUCUCAGCCCCCGAGUGCGGCAAACCCAUUUGCAUCGGUGGCUCCUUCGACUGCGUCAAACCAGCCAGCAACCAUGGAUACCAUCGGGCAGCAGUCUAUUCUGCCAAGCGCCCAGAUCAAACCUUUCACCGGGUUUGGUACUCCAAGCUCACUGCAGAGUUCACCUGCACCUCAGAUGACGACGUCCAACCCGUUCACUGCCGCAUCACUAUUUCCUACACAAAGCACACCCUCUACUCCCUCGCAAUUGCCGCUACCAAGCGCUCCGCUGUCAAACGGUGGACUUUCUUCCAACCCGUUUACUCAACCAACGAGUAAGGCUACCCUAUCAGCCGCGAUGAACGGUUCGGCCAUGCAAGCAAAGCCAUCCUUUGGUCAACCUACCCAACCUGCCGGUCCUUCACCUGCUACACAGAGCAAGUCCAUGACUUCAGGGUUUGCAGUGCCCACACCACAGGCAGCCGACAGCGGCACCUCUGCUUCGCACACAGUUGACGGUGCGCGCAAACGAAAGAACAUCUUUGCCCAGCGCGAUGACACUGCGACGAAGAAGUCGACGGGGACGCCCUUCUCAACAAUCGCUCCUCCAAACCCUGCUCUUCCAGCGGCAGUUGACUCGGAGCUGAGCGACUAUGCCAAGAAAAUCUACGAGCAUCUUCGUAAAGACGGCAUCAUACCUAUGACUUGUCCAAACCAUCUGGGCAACCCAUCCAAACGGAACGAUGCUGAAAAGUUCCGCGAAGCUUUCAAGCAGCACCGCGAGGCUGUCCGCGCCUCACUCAUUCGUGCCAAGCUGAUCGACGACCCAGAUGUCAAGAAAACCCUCAAGGAGGCCAUUGUCUUCAAGGGCAUCUGCGAAGAAAUGUGCCCGGAGUUCGAGAAGAUCACACGUAUCGUUCAGCACGACGUCAAGAUGCCGGAAAAGGAAGCUGCCGCCGAUGGUACUCUCUGUGCAUCAAUGCCUCUCAUGGUGAAGGCAUUGGCCCGUUCUGCUGCGGGUCAGGAAGCUCCGCUACCAAUGGAUGUUCGUUCGACAGCUGCACUACGGCGUACCUUGGACUAUCUCAUUGACCGCAUGAUUGACGACGAUGAGAAGCUUCCCGCUAUGCACAAUUUUCUCUGGGACCGAACUCGAGCCAUCCGCAGAGAUUUUGUUUUCCAUUCCAUGAUGUCUCCAAAGGACAUGAAAAACAUGGUCUACUGUCUGGAAAACAUCUCUCGCUUUCAUAUCACCGCAUUGCACCUCCUUUCCCAGAAAGACUUCGCGGCGGAUGAUUUCUCCGAAGCUCAGGAGAAAGAGCAAUUCACCAAGUCCCUGUUGUCUCUUAUGGAGGCAUAUGAUGACUGCAGAGUGAAGGGCAUCAAAUGCGAGAACGAGGCAGAGUUCCGCGCCUACUUCGUCCUCCAGCAUCUCUCCGAUCCCAACAUUGAACAGAAGUCAAUGGAAUGGAACCAGGAUCUGUGGGUCUCUUCCAAUGACUUGCAUUUGGCUACGUCCAUGUCGCAAGCGUUGAAGACUGCCCGGGAUCGUACUGGCCCACUACGACCUGGAGAGCCGCAAGCUUCUGCUCUUGAUGCGUAUGUCACCUUCUUUCGCAUUGUCGAGGGGCCGGAUGUGUCGUACACUAUGGCCUGCCUAGCCGAAACCCAUUUCCUCAAAGUCCGUCGAAACAUCCUCAACAACCUGAUCCGCGCAUAUUCAAGAAGUCGGGAUGCGCCAAAGGAUGUCACUGUCGCCGCAGUCCACGAGCUACUCAGAUUCGACACUACUGAGGAGACUAUCGAGUUCGUGAAUCAACACGGCCUCUCGUGGUCUUCGGAUGGGCACGACAACUCUUAUCUACUGCUCGAGAGACAGAGCGAGAUUGCUGAGCCGACCGUUCGACAAUCCUUCUCUCAUAACCUAGUUGAGAAGAAGCGAGGCAACCAUAGUCUUCCAGAAAUCAUUCACACCACUGUUUUCGAGGAAUCAGUAGCGUCUGAGAAAGAAGAAGCUGCUGCUGUUAAGGAAGUCAGUGAGCCCAUUAGUCAAGACGAGGAGAGCCUUUUUAUUCCGCAGGACGGAAAGCAGCAUACAUCGAACAAACCUCACGUGAGCGCAAACCCCUUUUCCAAGUCGUCUCACACCCAACCAUCCACCUCCACGAAGCCGUCUCUCGAUGCCCCCUUGGCUGGGAAGAAUACCACACAGCCGCCCAAGAUCCAGAUAUCGCCUCCUAUCACCACUGCCGGCCCCGCGUCCGCGCCGUCAAUAUCGACAACAAAGGCAACGGAUUCUAUACCCCGUGCGCAGCAGCCCGGCCCUCCUGCAAAUGACUCUCAGAUGGGUAUCUUUGCACCACGAGAACCUGGCUCAAUUGGCGGACCCAAGCCUACCAGUAUACUCAGUGCAAGUUCUUCACUUGCGAACAAAGGCAUCUCUUCUGCAGCUCCAACAGCCGGGAGCGAGAACGUUUCUGGCGGUCGCAAAUCUCUACAAGCUCAAAGCAGCCCUACCCUUGCUAGUGACGCUUCUAAGCCGCCGCCUACCGUCAAUAAAGCUUCGUCCGAUAUUGAGGCUAGUCAACCGAAGGUGCCAGCUGCUUCGCCGACGACGACAGCCGACUCGACAAAACAACUGUCUGGUCUUUCCGCAGCUCGAACAGGCGAAGAUCGCCCUCCCCAGGAGCCGGCUGCCCAAUCUGCCAACUCAGAGCAGCAUGAACCACAAAAUGACCCUCCGAAGCAAGCCUUGGCAAAACCCACCAAGAUCUCAGCGCCGACAAAGAAAUCUGAUGCCAUGGGUAGCUUUACCGAAUGGUUUGUCAACGGGGAUGACGGUCUGUUGCAAGAUUUCCAGGGGGCAUUGGUUCAGCAUAUCCUCAAGGAUGCCUACGAGAGCUUCAUCGAACAAGAGGAGAAGAACCGUCGCGAGAAAGAAGAGGCCGAGUCGUUGGCAAAGGCGAUGCAGUGGCGACAUCACAAUCUUGGGCUCAAAUUCUUCUACCGUUGGCGUGAGAAUGCCAGGGAACGACGUCUGCAGCGACGAGCGGUCGAGGUUCGCGAGACCACCAAAGCAUGGCGGGAAUCGAAGGCCGCUGAGCGCCGGGCCGCACGUGAGCAAGAAGCUGCGAAGCUACGUCUUUCCGGAAAUAGCUUCACUGAGGAUCUUCGAGCUUCUGUGGACUCGAGAGCGAGUCUCCGGCGUAGCCGAUUGAGUUCUGCUGAGACGAUGCUCGCUACGGGCGUACUCAAAGGUGUUCGGGACGAGCAGGCAGCGGCAGCUCGAGCGGUCCGCACCGAAACCCCCACAUCGGAAGUAGAGUCCAUCCCCUCGACACCUGUGCUAAAGCGACAGUCUGUCAACACGCGGGAGGACUAUAAGCCUAUCACUCUGGCCAAGACGAAGUUGACUCUCAGGAUGGCAGCAAACCGAGCCGCUGCGAAGCGAGCUCUUAGCAUGAGUCCGCCAGCAUCCGAGCCUUCGAGGAAUCGGUCAUAUUCACCAACCGGGUCAGCCUCUAACUUCCGCCAUUCCUUUUCUGCGAGAACUACGAACUUCUCUCGCACCUACAAGAACACCCCGCCCGCUCGUGAGACUACUGAGCGACGGUCCAACAUCCGGUCCAACCAUUGGCGCUUGCGUGCCAUGGGCUUGGUCCAUACUCCGGAUGGCGGUUACGUCCCCGAAGCUCUAGUCAACAGCAACAGCAUGCCUCUCUUGACCCACAGCAGGUCCCUGUCUCUACAGAAUGGAGAUGUUGCAGAGAACCUGCAGGGACGGGCAAGCCUCUCAGAUCGCCUGAGGAGGAGCAUUUCUUCGAGCAAACAGCCACCGCCGACGUCGUCGUCAUCUCCCCAAGGUAGCAAGAGGAAGCGAUCAAUGGAUGCAGAAGAUGAAUCGGAUGAUGCCGGCCGCGGAGAGGGCUCUCCGACGGGCCUGAAGAAGCAGAAGAAGGCCUGGGAUCCUGCCGAGGCAGAGCGUAUCCUGGGCGACUUGAGAGAGACUAUCAAGGCUCUAGAUGAAGGUGCUCAAUGGUACCAUGAGCAGAAUGAGCGGAUGAAGGAGUCAUCGACAUCGAUCUACGAUGGGUGA